AUGCAAUUUAUCUUUCUUUCCAUUCUCACAGCCGCUCUCGGCGUCUGUGCAAACCCGUCCACGCCCAACGAUGGGGCGCCAAACCACAGCCCGGACACAGAUCUCGGGGUCAACAUAACCAACAUUGAGCUCGAGGAAAGGGGUAACAGCGGAACAUGGGGAGGGUUUGCCGAUUCGUGUACAGACAUCCGAUACUAUCUCAGCAACAAAGACAUGAAGAAGUACGAAAUUGGCGAGUCAAACCCAAAUUCCGCGGUCGGCGUCAAGCCAUACCUCGAUUCGCCGGUCAUUGUGGCUCGGUGCCCGAAUCUCUCUGGUCAGACGCGGUGCUCGGUGCUGCGGAUUGGCGACUGCAUGGCCAACCGGGAGGGCAAGCUUCAGAUCGUUGACAAGGGAAAAUGGCACACCACUUGCACUCAGUGUGCGUUCCAAUCUGACGGCAGAUACUUCGCCUGUCAAUGCUAUACCGGCAAGGGCAAGAACCUUCAGACCACCGUCGUCAACCUUAAUGAACUCAUCAAUAACUUUGACGGCAAUUUGAUGUGCUUCUCAAACCGUGGAAGUCCGGAAUAUUGCCCACAUGGGCCCUCCUUUGACAUCACCAAGUAUGGAAGCAAUGGCUACUGGUAUACGCCAUGGGGAAAGCCGGGCAAGCGAAGGAUAGAGCGAGAGGAUGGUGAGGAGAGGUAG